AUGUCCAUCCAACUGGCCUCCGUUAUAGAUUGGUCGCAGCCGUCUUUAUGGCUUUCCGUGUUAUCCAUUGCCUUCAACCCGACAGCAUGGAACAUCGUUGCUCGUAACGAAUAUAGGAACAAGACUAUAACGCGCCUGUUUGGCGGAAACGCGAAAUAUGGCUGCUAUUUCCUUGCGUUGAUGAUAUUCUCCUUUGGUAUGCUGCGUGACUCAUUGUUCAAGAAUGCUAUCCUGGAACAACCCCGUAAAGCCAUGCUUCCGGAACCUCUAGACACCCUCGUUCCUGCGGCGCUCUUUGCUAUCGGACAAGUCUUCGUCGUGACAUCGACUUGGGCUCUGGGAGUCACUGGCACAUUCUUAGGCGACUACUUUGGCAUAUUGAUGGACCACAGGGUUGAAGGCUUCCCUUUCAACGUGCUCAGGGACCCGAUGUACGUCGGAAGCACGAUGUCCUUUGUCGCAGUGUCUUUAUGGUUCGAGCGUCCUGCUGGGCUGCUCAUCACAUUCUACGUGUAUGCCGUGUAUCUCAUCGCCCUGCGAUUCGAAGGACCAUUCACGGACAUGAUCUACUCCAACCGCGCCAAUGGACACACGCAGUCCAAAAAGCAGCAGUGA